AUGCAGCAGCGCAGGCGGGCCCUUUGGCUUGGCAUUCCUGCUCUUAUUCUACUCAUAAUCACGUACUUCUUGUAUCUGUCCGGACAGAACGGCCCUGCACUUUUACCCACCAACAGCGAUCCGACGCAAGAGCCCAACAGUCUGGAGCCAGAAGAUGUCCUGGAAGAAAACACGACAUACCAUCCAGCAGGAACACAAGUCGUGAGAAAUGCGACGCGCACACUUGUGAUUGCUAAACUUCAAGAAGAAGAUACCGUAUGGGUCGACAGGCUUCCCCAGGAUGACCCUUACCUUACGAGUGCGGUCUACGUGGUGGACAGCAAUAAUACUAGUGCACCUUUUACAGUUCCUUUAAAUAAGGGCCAUGAAGUUAUGGUCUAUUUAACUUAUAUAAUCGAUCACUAUCACAGCCUCAGCGAUAUUUCAAUAUUUAUGCAUGCUCACCAGAUUACCUGGCAUAAUAACGACUUUCUCGAUUUCGAUUCAGCUAAAAUGGUCCGCCGCUUAAGAAGUCAAUAUAUACUGGACAAUGGCUACAUGAAUCUUCGGUGUCAUCUUGAACCGGGAUGCCCUGACCAUAUUCAUCCAUAUAUCGGAAAGGACUCUGAUGAUAUUCUCAACGUCCCCGAAGCUGCUGUGAUCGGUAUGGCAUGGGGUCAGCUGUUCCCCGGUAGCCCGGUUCCGUCAGUUCUUUCACAACCCUGCUGUGGACAGUUCGCUGUCAGCGCAGAUCAAAUUCGAAAGAUCCCUCCGGAGCGCUACCUUGAAUUCCGAGAGUGGCUUCUUGCAACUGAACUCGAUGAUCGAUUGUCUGGGAGAGUUUGGGAAUAUAUUUGGCAUUGGCUAUUUACGGGGCAGGCAGAGUUCUGCCCGGUUGAGACGACCUGUUAUUGCGAAGGAUAUGGAAUUUGUUUCGACCCUAACGAGUAUCGGCUAUACUUUCAGAUUCGUGGCGAAGCGCGCAAGUUGGAAGGAGAGGUUCGGGAGUUGGAGUCGGAAGCGACUGAGGCAGACAUCACCACUAGUGAAAGAAUAACUGAGUUGAAUAGCAAAGUUGGUGAGCUGCAUGGGAAAAUGGACGAGAUAAAAGCCAGAACGAAGGGUAUUGGGCAGUGA